CGCAGGGACGAGGAUCGGCGCUUGCGAGCGAAGCGAAACUGCGCGGAAAAUCUUCAUCGUGUAACUGUCACAAUCGCCACGCUUCUGGUAUUUACGUUAAAGUGAGGAACGCUGCGCUUGGACUAUUUUCGGACGGAUUCUUUACAAUCUGUAUUUCGGAUAAGCUUUUUUUAAGAGGAAAAAGAAGGUUUCUGAGCAAGUGAUGAAAGACCUGCCGCGGAGUGCCAGUCCAGCCAAACGGAGCUUUUAUUAUCGAGAAAACAAACCGCUCAUAAUGUUCACAAAGCUGAUUGAAGGGGCUUGGCCUUAACCAGCGCUCUUGUUUUUUGUUUGUACAAAUUCAUCUACAUAUGUUUCCAGGAGUGGGGGAGCGGAGCGCACAUAGCAGGUGGAUUGCAGUGUAAUUACCCAGCGUUGCCCACCACCCAGUGCAAAUCGGCUGUUUGCUGCUGAGUUUUUAAAUUCGCGACAUUCAUGUUCAUAACGGGUCAUAUUUCAAGAGCUGGUUUGCAAAAGCUGUCGCGGGGACGGGAAAGGGCCGGGAGCCCCAAUCGUGUCAGUCCCUCGGAGGCACCAGCGCGCAGAACAGAAGCAGCUGAUCGGAGCGGUAGCGCAGCGCCUCGCUGGAAGUGCUGAACCGGGCCAUUCAUUCGCCUCUCCGAUCGGAUCGCCCACCUUCGUCCCUGGAUUACCGUUUAAGUUAAAAAAGUGUCCUUUCGGAAAUCAUUUUUCACACUUUCGUCUUCACCCACGGGGGAGAGGAGGGUGAAAACGUGAAAGGUGACCGUUUAGUGGAACAGGCAAAACCGCGAAGAGGUUUCGGAUUAUUUCUCAGCCCUGGAGUACGGGAUGCGAGCUUUGCGCGCUCUCUGGAGCGCAGCCUUCUGAAGCACUUCGGCCGGAGCGUCAGCUGGAAACACAUUUAUGGUCAGACUCCACAGCCCCCUGCUGUAGCACCUUGCCUUGGCCUGCCAUGUUGGCCUGUCUGCAAAGAAGGCAGAACCCUCCACCACAGCACCUGGUGUGUGCCAGCAAGACCGUGGAGGCCCCGCAACCUCCUAGCCGAAAAUGUGACCUGGCUGCCGCCGCGAGGUACCCCAGCACAGCUGAGCUUGACGCCUACGCGCAGAAGACGGCAAACAGCCCACUGUCCAUCAAGAUCUUCCCCACCAACGUGAGGGUCCCCCAGCACAAGCACCUUAAUCGCACUGUCAACGGCUACGACACAACAGGCCAGCGCUACAGCCCUUACCCACACUUCCACACGGGUGGCUAUCAGGGCUUGCUGGCCAUCGUCAAAUCCUCAACCACACCCGCCAGCAAGGGAGUGCUCAAGAACUCGGAAGGCAGGCGGACUAAGCUCUCGCCGGCCCAAGUAGCGGCUGCACCGUACCCACCGCCUGGCGCCAGCACUUUACCCCACGGCCACGGUCCGCUGGCCUACCAUGGGGGGCUGCCAAAAGCCCACGAGGCCUCCAUCGUGUCGGUGCCACCCAAUGUGACUGUUGCAGCCUCUGUGAUUCCUCUGGCCGGUGGGCGGGGCUUGACCCUGCCUCCGCAGUCAAACCUGCCCUCUAUCCAGAACAUCAUCUAUCAGAUCAACCAGCACUGUCAGGCGCAAGCCCUGCAGCAGGCCUGCCAGGGUGUGGUCCUGGCUUCAGCAGGCAACCUCAGCCCGUCCAAGCAGCCUCCGGCAGCGGGCUCCUCCGGCUCCUCAAGUGCCGCCUUCCCGGCAGGCCUGGUGCCCCAGGCUGGCCUGGUGUAUGCCGGAGCUGUGCUGCCCACCCAAGGUGCUGAGGCAGUCAAGGCCAGCGCCUACGUGGACGGCAUGGACUACCUCUUGUGGCAGCAGCACAAGCAGCAGCAGCAGCAGCCAGCCGUGCACCACAUGUACAGUGGCGGCAGCGGAGGAGGGGGGGCCCUCAGCAAAUCACCGGAGGCGUGCCUUCCCGCAGGUGGGGGUGGGGCCAUGGCAGGUGGAGGUGGGGCCCCGGGCUCCUCCAGGCCAUUCCCGCUGACUACAGGCACCAGCUCCUCUCCGUUGAACUGCGCCGCCAUGCACGGCAACUUCUCGGUGGGCCAGUACUUUGCGGCGCCCUGGAACAGCGUGCUGGUGACGCCCGACAGCGACUGUUACAACCCGCAGGAGCUGGCGGGGGCCAGUGCCGGAGCGGGGCACCGUGACCCAGCCUUCCCCCACGCCCAUCUGUCGCACCUGCACCCCCACGUCCACCACCACCACCACCACCACCAACACCCGGGCACAGACAGCAGCGGCGGCGCCGCCCUCUGCUGCAGCUUUCCCAGCAAAAGCCUGUGCAACACGUCGAUCCUUAGCAGCAGCCUGCAGUCGCUCGAGUACCUGAUCAACGACAUCCACCCGCCCUGCAUCAAGGAACAAAUGCUGGGCAAAGGGUACGAGACCGUGUCCGUGCCGCGGCUAUUGGACCACCAGCACGCCCACAUCCGCCUCCCCGUGUACAGAUAAGGGGCCCGGGGAGGGCAGAGUCCCGGCAGACUGAAGACACGGGAGAGAAGAUCUUGAGGUGCAGGGAUGUGCGAUGUUCACUUUGCUUCCCCAGGAUCGAGGCCUUGUUUGCGUUGGCUUGCGGUGGAGUGGAAUGACAUGAGUGCCGGCAACACGCUCGUGAGGGGGACGGUACGGGCAGCUGGCGGGGCAACUUUGCUGCAGGAGGGCCAGUGCUGUUGGAUUGGUGCUGAAAGUUCCAUCGCGUGGUUUGCCAACAGGGAACAUUUGCGUGCAUGAGCGUAUGCGUGUAUGUGUUCAUGCGUGUGCACGCGCGCGCGCUUGCGUGUGUGUGUUUUGAAGCCCCCCCGAUUUUCCUUAUUCUAAGUUUCAUUUAACUUUAUAAAUAACAUUCAAGGCUUGAUAUAAUGUGCACAGUUUCUGGAGCGCUCCAGCUACCCCCAAAACCAGACCAGAUCUGCCCUGGUACCUUAUUGACCCAAAGGGAUAAAAGCUUAGCGAUGCUCAAUUAGUGUGAGAACACACACACACACAAACACACACACACACAAACAUACAUACACAGACACUGAUACACACUGUGGACAUACACACAAUAAUGAACCCACACACAGGUUACAGUUGCAGGCAUCAGUGAAUCAAAUAGUUCUGCAAAAGUUUUUGCUUAAACAUACCUAAAAAUAAAUGGCAGUAAGUGUGUCCGUAACUGAAUUGCACUGUUAGGUGUUUGGAGUGCUGAGGUAUCAUCUCACUUUAGGAAGGUUUGACCGGGUGAUCUGGGUACAAAAGUUUUUUAAAACUUGAAAACUUGAACUUAUUUUUUUUUAUAUAAUUUUUUUAUAUAUAUAUAUAUUUGUAGGCAUACCACAUGCUUUGGCUGCUAAGGGGCAGAGUGUCUCCUACUGUGUAGUUUUUAGGUAUUUCCCUUCAUUUUGCUGCAUCCCUUGCGCAGCUCCAACAUACCCUGGACCGUGGGCCGUGCAACUGGGCUCAGCAAACACUGGAAACCACACACGACACAGAAGUUCCUACACAAAAGAUUUGGAAAAUGUCAUCGAUGAGGAAUGUCAUCAAAAGUCAUCCGCUCUGCCUAAUUUGCAUAUGCGUGUGUGUGUGUGUGUGUGUGUGUGUGUGUGUGUGUGUGUGUGUGUGUGUGUACGUACGCGUGCGCGCGUGUGUUCCCCUUCCUGCUCGUUUCUCCUCUUUUGCUGGAAGACGCCUGCAAGCCACCCUUCUGCUGGAACUGCAGGUUCGAGAGCCUCUCCUGCAUUUGCAAUGUGCUGCUGGAAUCUUGAACAUCUCAUCUUGUGGCACUUCUUGAUUCCACCAGGAAGGAGGGGGGCCUGCAGGUCCCUUGGUUCUCCUGGCAGGACACUGAUCAGUGAGAGAACCUGCCGUAGUUAGUCCCGCUGCGUAGGGAUGGCUUGGGGGAUGGCAUUGUGGUUCUGUAUGUGCAAAGUAGUACCCAGAGGUGACGUGUCCCGUAACUGAAAUUCAUGAACCUCACUGUCGCGCUCAAUUGCAGCAGCUCCUUCUGCUGUGUGUAGAACCUCGGGCGCUUACUCCGCCUUCCUGGGAUCUGUGUCUCGGAGGGACUGCAGCAAACAGGUGCCCAACUUCUUCCGGUGUUCAGGUGGGAUGUGAUGCAGAGGGCCCAGGGCUUAAAUCGUGGUUUACACCCAAAUAUCAGUCUCACCCACAGUCCGGCCUUGUCUAAAGUUUAAGCGUAUAGCAAUUUGUCCAGAAUGUUGAGACUCAUGUGUCUCCCCCAAGUGUCCAAAUCUCAGCUUUCUUCGUCUGUCUCAUUUUCCUGGCAAACGCAAUUAAUAUGGACAGACAGAUGAGUUCAGACAGCUGGCACUUGGUGCAGGGCUCGUGUAACACUGAUGUUGACUAGACCUAAUUACGAAUGCUAAUUGUGUGUAUUAAGUGCAAUUAUUCAGUUUAAAUGUGAAUUUGUACGCCUGGAAUUCCACUGCGUCAUCCUGCCUUCUCAGUACCGAUGCUCACAGAGUCGAGCUGCUUGAGUCCCUUUCACUUCCCAUCCAGGCUCCGUGUUUCCAGGCUACGCUCCGGACCUCCGUGACCUCACAUAGGAUGAUCGCUCCAAACAUGGUAAUAUGGCAAAGGCCUCACAUCAGUUUUGAGGGUAUUUUUUAAGACCCACAUCAUGAGUGUGGCAGCAGCUUUCACAUCUAACUGAUGAAUCCCUGAAAAAUGCCACUUGUGGUGCUAAACGGUGCUCCUUGCUGUGAUCUUGCUGGAGAUGCUUGCAUCCAGACUGCUCUGAGCGUUCUGCGUCGAGCUUCAUUGCAUUAAUUGUCAGUUCUUCCCCAGUUACACCCUUUUACCAUGUCAGCUGCUUGCCAUCAUAACAGAUCGCCAUAAAAUAGCACACAGGAAUUUGUGAGAAAGAAAUAAAAUGCCUGAAGGACAUAAUUUGACUCUAUUUGUCUGCACUAACCAAUGCAACAGAACUUGUUUAAUUUGUGUGACUUGUUCAGAAGUCCCCCGCUGGACAGGAAGAAGAAUCUGGGCUCGCAGGCGCAGUUCUGUGCUCAAGCGGGGCACCUUUGAACCCAAACGGGAUCACUAGGCUCUUGAAAAUCCAGCUGCCGUGCUCUGUCUUAGCGACGCUGGCCGAACUUGGGGGCUUGUUUCCCAGGUCCGAUACCCCUGCCGUAGAUUUGCUUCAGAGUGGCUCCAGCAGACGAGCGUGAACCCAGCUCUGGUGACUCUGUUGUGCCUCCUGAACUGAGAGUCCUGCUUCGCCCACAAAGCCGACUUAUCGAUCCACACUUCACGCGUCACAAAUUUGGACUGAAGCUUGUAUUGAUUGCAAGUGGGUGCAAUGUAUGUUCCUGAAAUGUUUGGUGUCAGUGGACACCCCCACGCUUGCAUCUUCAUCCCGUAGUGCUGCCACCCCAUUUUUCCAUUUCACGAUCAUUGUUUUCAGGAGGCCUCGCCUCAUCACCCUGCUCAUUAGUGAACCUUGUCCUUGGGUGUUCCGGAGCUGACAGGGGCUGUCAGGCUCUUUUGUCACACCGAUUCCGGAAGCUUCCCCGCGCUGUGUCAUUAGGACGGGCGCCGGGCACUGGUGUUUCAUUGAGAUUGACCACUUCAAAUGAGUUCCCUGCUCUUGGACAGUGUGUUGGAACGUGGUCCAAGCUUUGCUUUUACUCAGAUGUCCCCAAAGGUCCUGCAGCUGGUCGGUGUGGCCCCCAGGAAGACGAGAAGCUGUAGCACGCUCCUUUUGUGUUUCCUUUCGGAUCACUGUCUGCGUAAAAGAAGCACCUCCUGUCGCGUCCCCCGGGGCCCCCUUCCGCUUCCCCGUCCCACUUGCCCUCUUUCAUCUCUGCUGCUUUUUGUCUUGUUGUAAAUGGAUCUGCAGAAACUGGGGGCAGCCUUUUCUUCUCUUUCUCCUCCUUCUCCUCUUUUCUGCUGCCCCGCAUGCCCCAUCACACACACACA